UCACUUCCAGCACCUCUCAUCAUCAGCAGAAAACGUACGUCUCUUUGUACAUUCAAGAACUCAACAAACACGUUUUCUCUUUGAUUCAGUGCAAAUGGGCAAGGACAUUGAGGUUGGCGCCGAAUACACCACCAAGGACUACCAAGAUCCGCCACCGGCUCCGCUGAUUGACCCGGAGGAGCUAACCAAGUGGUCGUUCUACAGGGCCAUUAUAGCUGAAUUCAUCGCCACGCUCUUGUUCCUGUACAUAACUGUUCUGACUGUGAUUGGGUACAAGAGCGAAAGCGCCGCCGAUAAAUGCGGCGGCGUCGGGAUUCUUGGCAUAGCUUGGGCUUUUGGUGGCAUGAUUUUUGUCCUCGUUUACUGCACUGCUGGCAUUUCCGGAGGGCACAUCAACCCGGCAGUGACAUUAGGCCUAUUCUUGGCCCGUAAGGUGUCACUGGUUCGGGCUAUCAUGUACAUGGUGGCGCAAUGUUUAGGUGCCAUUUGCGGUUGCGGCUUGGUAAAGGCAUUCCAGAAGUCUUACUAUGUAAAAUUCGGCGGCGGUGCCAAUGAACUGGCGGAUGGGUACAGUAACGGCACCGGAUUGGCGGCGGAGAUCAUUGGCACAUUCGUCCUUGUUUACACCGUAUUCUCUGCCACUGACCCCAAGAGAAAUGCUAGAGACUCCCACGUACCUGUUUUGGCACCUCUUCCAAUUGGAUUUGCAGUGUUCAUGGUUCAUUUAGCCACAAUCCCAAUUACCGGCACGGGUAUCAACCCGGCCCGAAGUUUAGGAGCUGCUGUUAUCUAUGGCAAAGACAAGGCCUGGGAUGAUCAAUGGAUUUUCUGGGUGGGACCAUUCAUUGGGGCAGCCAUUGCUGCAUUUUACUACCAGUAUAUUCUGAGGGCAGGAGCUGUAAAAGCUCUGGGAUCAUUCAGGAGCACUGCUCAUUGAGAAUCAGCAUCAGCAUCAGCAUCAGCAUAUUCAAGAGGAAUUUGAUUCCAUGGAGAAAUUGUAAAUAAGCAUGAAAAGCGGUCUCGGGCCCUUGUUUUAGAAACUGGUCCCUACUCUAUUUUCCGUCUACUCUUUUUUUCUUUUUCUUUUUUUCGGUUGCUGGCCUCUCUUUUCUGUUUGUGAGUCGUGGUGUUCUUAGCAUUUAAAAUAAUAAAGUUAUCCUUUUUAAUGUUA